GCCAUCUUCUUUCUCGCCCCCUUCUUCUUCCUCGCGCCGAAGCGCACCCCUCUCGCUCCCCUCUCCUCCCCAAGCCGACCCCCCAUGGCGCGUCCGAACCUGCUGUGGCAGGAUUUGGAUGCGGAUAUCCUCUCCGAGAUAGCUGGACACUUGCCGUGUAUGGUAGAUCGGGUGAGCAUGUCCUUGGCGUGGCGGAGGGUCAUCCCGCCGCCGCUGCACCAGCGCCAGCGGUUGCUCCCGUGACUCCUCCUUCCUCGUGGGCGCACAAUGCCGCUCCCUGCACAGCAGCCGGGGAUUUCCCGCAGAGUCAUCUCAGACUUGUACUGCGUCGUCCAUGGGGAGACCCAUCGCCUACGCGUUGCGGGCGACACCGGCGGCGCACGCUUCUUUGGAGCGUACGAGGGCGGAUGGCUGUUCCUCGCCCUUCAACAUCACCGGGGACACGAGAUCGAGAACAUCCACAACGGCCGGCGAAUUCUCGUGCCCGACUCUGUUACGUGGGUGCGGGUCGAAGUUGGGGAGGAAGAACCCAGCGGCGCUGCCUACCGCGACCCAGAGGCAGGUCCGAUGGUCAUCUUCGCGGCCGCUCUCUCCUCCUCGCCUGUGGGGUCGGACGCGCCGUGCGUCGCUGCCGCCAUCAUCCAGAGCGCCGACACGAGCCAUUUCCCGCUCAUGCCGCAGAUAGCUUUCUGGCUCGUCGAGGACGGAGCUGAGCGUCACCAGAUCGUGCACGCGCCCGUCACCCUGGAGGACGUAGCGCAUCAGGGAGGGUUCUUCCAUUUCUUGACCAGCGGGGAAAAUCUUAUCAGCAUACGGCAAGAACAAGCGAUGGCGAUGGGGACGCUUCAGGAGAUCUUUCAUCUGUUCCAACCCCGGGAGCCAGUUGAAUGCGGCGAGAAUGAGGUCUUGGCCGGGCGUUAUCUUGUGGAGAGCCGAGGAGAACUCCUGCUGGUGGUCAGAUGCUCAGUGGUCCAAUCCACUUUCGGACACGGCCAGGCCAGCAGGUUCCUCGUGUUUCAGAUCACACGGCACCUGCAGCAGCAGCGGCGGCAGGUGGCCACCGGCGGCAAGGUCGAGAUUCUGACCUGGACACUCUUGCCUGGCUUGAACGGCCGCAUGAUCUUCUUGGCACAUGGGUGCUCCAGAUCUUACGACGUUGCUGAUUUUCCCGGCUGCGAGGAGGGCGUCUACUACCUGGACGACACGAGAUCACUGAGUCCUACGUUCCGAUCAUACCUGUGCAGUGACAAUGGCAUGUGCCCGGGCAAUGGCGACAGCAUCCGCCGAUUGUUCCAGUACCGAGCGGCGUCAGCCAACUCUUCUCCGGUUUGGUUCCUGGCUUAGAUCACCCCCCUGACGGAUCGACCCCUGAAACGCGGACAGGUUAUGCUCGGUGUCUACUGUUACCUGUACUUGACUAAACGUUGAUUACGUGCAUUAUGUUGCAACCUGUGCUUGUGCAUUACUCCGUAUGUUAGUACAUGACAACUAUUACAGAACGAAUGAUUUGAUACAUUCUUAUCGUAUGAAGUCUUUCUUAAUAUCCCUACUUCCACAAAAACAAGCCAUUGUUGAGUAUGUGCUAAUCAGUAGGUUAUCUCAGCUUCCCAUAGAUCGACAAGCACACAGGUUUCAUUACAGAAUGCAGAAUGAAUGAUUUGAUAGAAGCUAGACUUUUCUUGAGGCCAUUGUUGAGUCAGUAGGCACCCUAUUACAAGAACAGCAAAGCAAACAAACUCUAUGUACAGUUUCGAUAUAUAUUUCAGCGUGUCUCUUGAUCUCAAGACCACAGUGGUCUCUUGGGUUUUGCAUCAUUCACCAUCUUCAGGGCAGAGCCAGAUUACCCGCUGAGCCUACUUAGGAUCUCCUGAUCUUGACCUUGAGAGUCCAUUGUAGCCUGCCUUCUAGCCCCUCGGCAAGCAAAGGGGCAACAGCUCGAUUCUUCAAGGGAUCAUAGUGCAGAGCUAGGUGCAUCUUGUCUGGAUUAUUGAGUUGCUUUGCCAC